GGUCGAGGCAGUGGUAUAGUCCUACUUCUCUGGUGUGGUGUGUAAAACCCCGACUAUGCUCACCACAAUAGGUUCUUUCCUACUUUCCCAAAACGCCCUUACCCUUUCUGAAUAAUAUUUACGCUUAACAACCUCUCUCUCGACGGCCACGGAAAAUGGCGGAGCUGCUCAAUCCCAACCACGAAGAGGAACUUUACCUCUUGCGACAGCCCACCAAUGGCGACCUCUCUUGGCGUCUAAACUUCGAAGCCUUUCAGUUAUCUAGCGAGCACAAAGAGAAGAAACCCCCGCGUGGCCUCCAUGAUUGCUAUGGAGUUUUAAGUCCAGAAGAUAACGUUGCUGAGUACUAUCAGCAGCAGGUAGAAAUGCUAGAGGGGUUUAAUGAGAUGGAUGCCUUAGCAGAGCGCGGUUUUCUACCUGGAAUGUCUAAGGAAGAGCGAGACAAGCUGGCAAAAAGCGAGACAUUUGCCAUCAGAAUUUCAAAUUUUGCAAAUAUGAUUCUUUUUGCUGCAAAAGUUUAUGCUUCAAUUAGAAGUGGUUCAUUGGCCAUAAUUGCAUCAACUUUGGACUCACUUCUUGAUCUUUUGUCUGGCUUCAUCCUUUGGUUUACUGCUUUCUCCAUGCAAACUCCCAACCCAUAUCAAUACCCUAUUGGAAAGAGGCGUAUGCAGCCAUUGGGCAUCCUUGUGUUUGCCUCUGUCAUGGCAACACUAGGACUGCAGAUCAUCUUGGAGUCGGUUCGCACCCUGUCAUCUGAUGAAGCUGAGUUCAGCUUGACUAAAGAUCAAGAGAGAUGGGUUGUUGGCAUUAUGCUCAUGGUGACUCUGGUGAAAUUUGUGCUGAUGAUUUACUGCCGCAGUUUCACUAAUGAAAUUGUAAAAGCAUAUGCCCAGGAUCACUUUUUUGAUGUCAUCACCAACAUCAUUGGCCUCUUUGCUGCACUCCUUGCUAAUUAUUUUGAUGAUUGGAUGGAUCCUGUUGGAGCUAUUAUCUUGGCCUUGUACACCAUCCGAACAUGGUCAAUGACAGUGCUUGAAAAUGUCAACUCCCUUGUUGGAAGAUCAGCCGCUCCGGAAUAUUUACAGAAACUCACAUACCUCUGUUGGAACCACCACAAGGCCAUACGGCACAUUGAUACCGUUAGGGCUUACACCUUUGGGUCUCACUACUUUGUUGAGGUUGACAUUGUCCUACCGGCAGACAUGCCCUUACAAGAGGCUCAUGACAUUGGCGAAUCCUUACAGGAGAAGCUUGAGUUACUUCCUGAAAUUGAGCGUGCCUUUGUCCAUUUAGAUUACGAGUUCUCACACAAACCAGAGCAUGCUCAGUCCCACUCAUAAAGUUAGUAGUAAAACCAAUUGUUAUGUCUUGUUCUUCAUCUUAUCUGAUCAACAAAUUCUUGCUUCGUUGUAGUAUGGAAUCGGUGAAUUUGGACACAACUUUGGAAUCAAUCAAAAAAUUGAGUCCGUGUAUAUAAUUGUUUAUUAUCAUUUUUAUU